AUGGCUUUUUCUACUGUCAAAUGCUAUUUAUCAGGAAUCAGUUUCGUCAUUAACUUGCAUGGUUGGCAGAAUCCAGUGGAUUCAUUUAUUAUUAAGAAGUUGUUAGCUGGUUACAAGAGAUGUAAUCCAUCUCAGGAUAUAAGAAAACCAAUUACAUUACCUUUGUUGAAUAGCAUUGUCAGUGUUUUGCCACAUUUGUGUUUUUCUGAUUUUGAAGCAGCUUUAUUUCAGUCUGCUUUUGCAUUGGCUUUCUUUGCAUUACUAAGGGUGAGUGAAGUGGUGGCUUUGGGUGUCCAGCAUAUAACUGUAUCUAGUGAUACCAUUGAAAUCUUUAUCAAAACAUCUAAGACUGAUCAAAUUGAUUCGAUUUGGAUCAUAGGCUCGUCAAUUAUUCAUUGGGCUCACAUAUAUGCGAAGAAUUCAAAUCAAGAGAAUCUUGGGCAGGAGUCUUCCAACAUCUUGUGGCAUGGAAUUCGGGGUAUGGUCUGGGAGCAAUUAUAUCCCACAAUUGAAUUUUUGUUAGCUCGUAACAAGAAGCCAAAGAUUAUUAUUAUACAUUGUGGGGGCAAUAAUAUUGGUCAGGCUCACAAUACAUUAAGGGGUCUUCAAAAAUAUUGCAAGUCAACUUUGGCAAAUAUUGCUAAUUUACUUCCACAAACUUUUAUAAUUUGGUCACAUAUUUUGCCUCGAAAUAAUUGGAUUAAUUGUCUUGCAAAUACAGAAGGACAAAACUGUAGACGUAGAAUUAAUAGUGCCUGUGCUACAUUUGUGCUAAAUAAGUUUCAGGGUCGGGGUGCAUCAGUCAGUUAUCCAGAUAUUAGAGCUCAAUGCAAGGAAUUAUUUAGAAAAGAUGGAGUUCAUUUGUCAGAUUUGGGAAACAGUAUUUUUAUCAAUACUUUGAGGAAUGCUUUGGAUCAUUUCAUUGGUUGUAAUUUUGUUUCGUCAACAUUUCCUUGA